AUGGAAAAAAGAAAAAUCACUCUUAUUUCAUUUCUCAUUGCCAUAUCAGUGAUACUAUCAAAUUCCUUUUCUUUUUCAAUUCCGAUUAAAACUUCCAACAUUGUUAUUGGUUCCGACGUUGUUGAUCCCGACGUUGUUGGUCCUGGUAGAUAUAUCGAUCCUUGUCCUAUCGUUACGGUGUAUGAUGAUUCUUUUAUGCAUGAUUUCUGUCUUCGACCAAAGCCAAUUCCUCCAUCAGAUGAUGCGGUUUCAGUUGGGAAGGCUUCACCUGGAGCUGGGGUGACUUCAGGUGGAGUUGUGGUAACUUCAGAUGAAACUGGGGGGACGUCAGUUACGAUUACUUAA